AUUGAUGCGCGCACGUGUGUGCAAUUUGUUAAAAUCUUAAAUGGGAAACGUAUUUUUGUUUAAUCUACGUCGCAUUUUAAAAUCUGUAUUUUAAAUCUAAAUACUGUUAACUGGCAAGAUGCCUGAAAUGAAGUAUAUACUGGUUACUGGAGGAGUAAUAAGUGGUGUGGGGAAAGGUGUUAUUGCGAGUUCUUUUGGCACAAUUCUCAAAAGCUGUGGAAUCGAUGUGACUUCAAUUAAAAUAGAUCCGUACAUAAAUAUCGACGCGGGAACUUUUUCUCCUUAUGAGCAUGGAGAAGUUUAUGUGCUCGACGACGGAGGUGAGGUGGAUCUGGACCUCGGUAACUACGAGAGGUUCCUGGACAUAACCCUUCACAGGGAUAACAACAUAACAACAGGCAAAAUCUACCAGCAGGUCAUUGAACGCGAGCGCAGGGGCGACUACCUCGGUAAAACAGUCCAAGUAAUACCACACAUCACUGAUGCUAUUCAAGAAUGGGUUCAGAGGGUUGCUGCAAUACCAGUGACAGCAGACAACACCCCACCACGAGUCUGUAUAGUGGAGCUGGGGGGCACCAUCGGAGAUAUCGAAGGGAUGUCUUUUGUUGAGGCCUUCAGACAGUUUCAGUUCCGUGUGAAGAGGGAAAAUUUCUGUUGCGCCCAUGUGUCGCUAGUGCCAGUGCCUAAAUCUACUGGAGAACCUAAAACUAAGCCAACGCAGUCAUCAGUGCGUGAACUGCGUGGCCUUGGACUCUCACCAGACUUAAUUUUGUGCCGAUCAGAGAAACCAAUCAACCAUAGUGUCAAGGAGAAAGUAUCUAACUUCUGCCAUGUUGCACCAGAGCAAGUUAUUUGCAUUCAUGAUUUGACAUCCGUUUAUCAUGUUCCACUAUUGAUGGAGGCGCAGGGUGUUGUUAAAUACUUGAAUGAAAGACUACAGCUCAACAUGACUAUGCCACGCCCUGGAAAAUUCAUGCAAAAAUGGCGAAACCUCGCAAAGAGAGUCGAUAAUCUUCGUAAGGAAGUGAAUAUAGCUCUCGUUGGAAAAUAUACAAAGCUGGAAGACAGUUAUGCUAGUGUCACGAAGGCUCUGCAGCACGCCUGCAUAGCGUCUGGUAGCAAACUCAACCUCACAUACAUUGAAGCUGUCAAUUUGGAGAAAAAGACCAAGAAUGAUGAUCCAGUGAGCUACCAUAAAGCUUGGCAGGAUCUGUGCAAAAGCGAUGGUGUAAUAGUUCCCGGUGGUUUCGGCCAGCGUGGUAUGGAGGGUAAAAUAGAGGCUUGCCAAUGGUGCAGAGAAACACAGAAACCCAUGCUCGGCAUUUGCUUAGGGCUCCAAGCUGCGGUUAUAGAGUUCGCUAGGAAUGUGUUGGGCUUAAAGAAUGCGAAUACCACUGAAGCCGAUCCAAACUGUGAAGAUAAACUGGUGAUUGACAUGCCUGAGCAUCAUCCAGGGAAUCUCGGUGGAACCAUGAGGCUAGGGAAGAGGAAGACUAUACUAGAACCCUGUGUUAUGUCUCAAUUAUACAAGAAGAAUGUGAUAGAAGAACGGCACAGGCAUCGUUACGAGGUGAACCCGGAAUACAUCAAGCAGCUCGAGGCCGCUGGUCUUCGGUUCGUCGGCAAAGAUGAGACCAGCACUCGGAUGGAAGUUGCAGUAGUUGAGAACCAUCCGUACUACGUCUCUGUACAGUUUCAUCCAGAGUAUUUGUCACGACCUCUCUCACCUAGUCCGCCAUUCUUAGGAUUAAUACUCGCAUCUUUAGGUAAAUUAAAAAAUUACCUAUCAAAGGGAUGUCGUUUAAGCCCACGAAAUCAAUCUGAUGUUAGUUCAGAUGAAGAAGAUGACAUAUCAGUGUCUUCUCUGAGUCUCAUAGAAGAAAAACCAGUGCUCACAAAUGGUGGUAACUUGAAUGGGGUCCAUUAACUUACAAGCGUCAAAUGCUAUAAGUUUCAUCUAAGUAACGGCUUAUUAUGUUCUUUUCUAAUUAAUUACAAUAUUCCUUUCGCAGAAAGUUUGCAAGAAAAGAAUAUUGUCGUCUAUGACAUAGCAAUAGUUCAUAUUUUACGUAUGUAAAACAUAUUAUACCUAUAAGUAACAUUGUUACAAAAAAAAAUGUGCUUUCGUAAAUAUAUGCACGCAUUCGUUCGUACGUAUACGCAAACUGCAAAGAUACGUGCGCUAACAAUCAUAUUGUGUAUAGUAAAUAAGUGUAAGUUAGCUGUAAGUAAAAGUGUUGUUAUUAAGAUCUAAGUACACAGACUACGUGUAACUUCUAAUUACUUAUCGAAAUAAUGUGCCAAUUUAUUUAAAAUGUAAAAAUGUGGUAAUGAGUGAUUAUAUGUCUUUCAGUUGUUAAUCUUUUGAAUUAUUAAUUGUGAAAAUAUGUAUCUUAAAUCGUGCAUCCUUCAUGAACAUUAUGAAUCUCCGAUCAUGUAUUUCUUAAUGAAAAAAAAAAUAGAAAAUAAAAACGACCAGGUAAUACGGCAAACUAUAAUUUUAAUACAAAUAAACUGAUUUAAUUAUACAAUAAGCCUCUUUCUAAUAAAAAGAUCUACACUGUAUGUGCAUACUUUCUACAGUAGUUUGUCAUGUGUUUUAGUUCUUGUCUGAUAUGUUAAAAAAAUAACUUAUGAGACAAAAACAAAACUACAACGUCUAUACUCUACACAAACAUUGUGGUAUUUUUAUUAGUAAAAGGGGAAAGUUUGUGUAUUUAAAUUUUAAUAAAAAAAAAGUGUUUAUGUUAGGGAAACGAGUGGUGCUUGAGUGUCAGUGAUUUUCUAAAUUAUAAGAAAAAUAAUAUUGUCCACAGUCUACACUAAACGCCAUUUUGCCCUCAUUUUUAUAAUCUUU